UGGCGCCGCAGGCGUAUGCCUUGGCUCGGGCUUGCCCGCUCUUCAGCUUGGGCCCUGUUUUCCCCCCUCCAGCAACGUUCGCUCGAGAAAUCCCAGAUCUGCACCUUCCAUCAUCGACCUACAAGCUCGUCUUGACGGCAUUCCUUUUGCCGACUUCGGGGUUGCUUUAGCUCUCCAAUCCUGCCACCUCCUGGACUAUUCUCUUCCUCAGCCUCAUCGGCCGUCACCCCCACCGCGGAGGCCACUUACGGCAACCCCCCAGUCAACGCUCUGUCCUGCUUCGUUUCCAGACCUCUCUCUUUCUAAGCACGUCGUUCACCGACGUCGACCGUCGCUUGUGCUGAGCUGCCAGACAUCACUUUCGCUGCUUGAGUCAGGCCGUUCUGCGCUCCGUCACCCCUCGUUGCCGAAUCGGGUGACGCCAGAACUACGUUCCAAGCGACACGCACAAGCCGGCACGAUUCCCCCGACUACUCGCAAGCGGAAAGCCGCUGAGGCGACGAUAUCCUCUGCCGCUACCGCUCCAAAUAAGAGGAUUCUCGCCUCAGCCGGCCCUGACACCGCCCCACCAACUCCCGUGACGACGGCUUCCAACGGCGGCAUGGAUACCGACGAUGAUUUCAUGUCCAACGUCUCUAGUGAAGACGAUAUACUACCUGACGAGAGUGAUAAUGACAUGUCUGGAGAUGAAGACUUUGGCUUCGACGACGAGCCUGACACCCACCUUGAUUCGCAAAAAGAGAACGGAUUUAAGAAGAAGGCCGCGUAUGACAUCAGCUUCAAGGUCUAUCAACCAAGUGACAUCCAGAAGCAGCAAGAUGAAUUGAUUGACGAGGUCAACAUGAUUCUGAACAUUUCCAAAGAGGAGGCGGCUAUUCUUCUUCGCCAUUUUAGGUGGAACAAGGAGAGAUUGAUCGAGGACUACAUGGACAGGCCAAACCAGGUUCUCGAUGCUGCCGGACUUGCCCCAACAUCGGCCGGGCCGCCCAGAAUGCAGGUUGUACCGGGAUUUGUCUGCGACAUCUGUUGCGAGGAUGAGCCGGGGCUUCAGACUUUUGCGCUGAAGUGUGGCCACAGAUAUUGCGUGGACUGUUACCGCCACUAUCUGUCGCAGAAGAUCCGAGGGGAAGGGGAAGCGGCACGCAUCCAGUGCCCUUCAGAAGGCUGCAACGUCAUCAUCGACGCUCGUUCCUUGGACAUUCUUGUCACCCCAGACUUGAUGGCGCGGUACCACGAGCUGCUCCACCGGACGUAUGUGGAAGACAAGGAAACACUUAAGUGGUGCCCGGCGCCGGACUGCGAGAAUGCCAUCGAGUGUGCCGUCAAGAAGAAGGACCUCGACAAGGUAGUGCCCACCGUCUCCUGUCUUUGCGGCCAUCGGUUUUGCUUUGGUUGUAUCUUGAACGACCAUCAGCCGGCGCCGUGUGAGCUGGUGAAGAAGUGGUUGAAAAAGUGCGCCGACGAUUCGGAGACAGCCAACUGGAUCUCGGCGAAUACCAAGGAGUGCCCCAAGUGCAAUAGCACAAUUGAGAAGAACGGCGGCUGCAACCACAUGACCUGCCGCAAGUGCAAGCACGAGUUCUGCUGGAUGUGCAUGGGACUGUGGUCCGAACACGGCACGAGCUGGUACAACUGCAACCGGUAUGAAGAGAAGAGUGGCACAGAGGCCAGGGAUGCACAAGCCAGAUCCCGGGUUUCGCUUGAGCGAUAUUUGCAUUACUACAACCGCUACGCAAACCACGAACAGUCGGCACGCCUCGACAAGGACAUUUACCAUAAGACGGAAAAGAAGAUGGUGCAGCUGCAGAAGGAGUCGGGCAUGUCAUGGAUCGAGGUGCAGUACCUGAACUCAGCCUCGCAAGCGCUCCAGACGUGCCGUCAGACCCUGAUGUGGACGUACGCCUUUGCCUUUUACCUCGCCCGCAACAACUUGACCGAGAUCUUUGAGGACAAUCAGAAGGACCUAGAAAUGGCUGUUGAGGCUCUGUCUGAAAUGUUCGAGAAGCCGAUUGCGGAGCUUGCGGAUUCGAAGCUCAAAGUGGAGAUCAUGGACAAGACGUCGUACUGCAACAAGCGCAGGGUGAUUCUGCUGGAAGACACUGCCCAGAAUCUUGCAGAAGGACGAUGGACCUUCAACACCGAGUUGCUCGGAUCAGGCGCUAACAGCGGGCUGAUCCUUCGGCGCUAGGGGCCAGAGCACAGGUGAACGGCUAUAUAACAGUGCCUCACGGAAUCGCUGGUAGCAUGUGGGUUUGGUCGUUGAUUUUUCAUGGAAGCGGGUGCAUUGGACUCUGCUGGAACCCGUCAGACAGGACAUGGUCGAGCCAACUAGCGUGUGUAAGUCGGCGUAGAUCGGAU